AUGGCAUCAGAAAUCGAAUCAUCCACACUGGUCUCAUCCAUUCGCGAACAGCUUGGUGCGGACAAGUAUGACGCUCUCAUUGCCAACAGUUCACCCAGUGAAUAUCUGGAAGCUGGCAAAACCCUAACAUGGGAUUCUAUCAGGCCAGUUCUUGACAAGCUAUCCAAAAUUAUUCUGAAUACGGAACAACAAAAAUUGUAUACAAAAGGUGUAGCGACCACCAUGUGCAGUGAUACGACUCCCUCAACCCAAGACACUGGUAGAACGCUUCGUGCGCUCUGGGACCAGGCUGGUUGGGCUAUUGUGGAGGGAGUUGAACAUUUCGUUGGCGUUGAACCUCAGCAUCAACAAUUAUACGAUUUGUCUCAUAGAAAUGGGCUUAUCGUCCUUGAUAGCGGAUGGACGGCAACACAGCUCAUCAAAUAUUGUCGAGCCUUCGACAACAGGAUCGUCCCGCUGUGUCUCGAUGAAAGCAUACCCGUUGAAGAGAAGCUGAAAGCUGUUGAACAAAUGGAAGUAGAAGCAAUUCUCUUGGCCGGUUACAGCCAGAUCAAGAAUGCUCAAUUCACCAAUGUCAACACAGUGUAUCAAACCGCCCUUCUCGGAGAAGCAAAGUCUGCUGCAUCCUCGGCUGGUAUUAGUCCAGAAACCUUAGUACAGCAACUUCUCCCUGAAGUUGAAUUGCAUUCGUUCCCUUUGACGCAGGCAACCAACAUGCCUGGUCUUUUGGGGGCUCAUGUUCAGAUUGGUGGGCUUUUGGCAGUAGGAACUGUUGAAUGCAAACUUGCUAGUCUUGUCUUGAGUGCCGCGGCUCAUGCUAUGGGUAGUCGACGCGAGGUCAAGGCGACUCAGGGCCAGACGCAGGGCAAAAAACCAAUUGAUAUUCCAGCACGCAUCAGGGACGUUGAAGAUUACACUACAACGUUCAGGAAGUACUGGCGUUUUACUACAGAUGACGCCAGAGCCAUUCUGUCGUGGUUGAAAACUGGCGCUGCCCUUGUAGACUUGCCUCCUUAUCUAUGGUUGGCACUUAACGAGGGGAGUAAACUCUAUCUGCAAAUGGCAGACUACUUGGACAAAUAUGUCGACCUGACAGCAACUGAGCAUCCAGAAAGUCUUCGUCAAGCAGAAGAUGAAGAUCCAGUAAAUGCUGAGAUUUCCAAGCUUCUGAGGUCUGGGUUUGCCGACAGUCUUAAGAAGUAUAGUCGAGCGUAG